AUGGUCUACACUGAGACCAAGGCCACCCGGUCCCUAACGCCCCAGGGGUUCAGCUGGUGGGACCUCGCCGACCACCUCCCAUCCCGCCGCCGGGAUCCCAUUGCGCCCCUCCGAUUCCGACGCUGCGUCCUCCCCGCCCCAACUCCGCGCCCGGGCACCCCUCCCCUUCUUCCUGCCUGCACGGCGGCGGCCGGGCUUUCCCGCCUCCCGGCCCCGAAUCCAAUCCCGGUUUCCCCGCCCCGCCCCCAGCUCUCGGCUGGGCCGCCCCGCGCGCCGUCACCGCCGCCGUCACCGCGCGUCGGCAGCAGCCCGCGCGCGCCCGGCCACGGGGCUCGGCUCCGGUGCGCGGCUCCGGCCGGCGGCAGCGGCAGCAGCGCGGGCGCCGAGCGGGAGGACGACGACGAGAGCGCCAGCAUCAGCAGGCCGCUGGUGCCCGCCGGGCCCCCGGGGAGCGCCGCCACCUCCUGCGCCUCCACGCCCACCUCCCCGCGUAGCAUGACCGCCGCCGAACUGGGCGCGGGCGCCGUGGCCGGGGCCGUCGGGGGCGCGGGCGGCGCCAGCCCCGGCCCCUCCUGCCGUUCGUGUUGCUGCUGCUGCGGUCGCCGGGCCCGGCCGGGCCGCGGGGGUGGGCGCCGCGGCUGCGCCCCCGGCCCGGGCUGCCGCUGGGGCUACCAGGCGCUGUCCGUGGCGCUGCUGCUGGCGCAGGGCGGCCUGCUGGACGUGUACCUCAUCGCUGUCACCGACCUGUACUGGUGCUCCUGGGUCGCCACCGACCUGGUGGUCGCGGCGGGCUGGGCCAUCUUCUUCGCCAAGAACAGCCGGGGCCGUCGGGGCGCCGCGCACACCCACCACCCGCACCACCCGCACGCCGCGCCCCUGCACCUGCCCGCCGCCCCCGCUGCCGGGGCUGCGGGAGCCAAGGCGCGCAGCGGCCGCGGGGGCGCGGGCGGCCCGGGGCCGGCGGGGGCGGCCGGCGCGGCCGGCGAGUUCGCCUUCGCCUACCUGGCCUGGCUCAUCUACUCCAUCGCCUUCACGCCCAAGGUGGUGCUCAUCCUGGGCACGUCCAUCCUGGACCUCAUCGAGCUGCGCGCGCCCUUCGGCACCACGGGCUUCCGCCUCACCCUGGCGCUCUCGGCGCCGCUGCUCUACUGCCUGGUGCGGGCCAUCGGAGAGGCGGGCGCCACCCCCGGCUCCGCGGGCCCCCUGCUCCUGCAGCCCCAGCGGCACCGCGCCGCCGGCUGCUUCCUGGGCACGUGCCUGGACCUGCUGGACAGCUCCGCCCUGGUGGAGCUGAUGCUGGACGGCCGCGCGCCGCUGCCCGCGCACCUGCGCUACCUGCUCCUCGCCGCCUACUUCCUCGCGCUCGCCUCGCCGGUGCUCUGGCUCCACGAGCUCCACGCCGCUGCCGCCUCGCCCCGGGGCCGGGCCUCGCGGCCGGGAGGCUGCAGCCGCCUGCUGCGCCUGCUGGGCGGCUGCCUCGUGGACGUACCCUUGCUGGCGCUGCGCUGCCUGUUGGCCGUGAGCUACCAGCAGCCGUUCUCCGUCUUCAUGCUCAAGAACCUCUUCUUCCUCGGCUGCCGCGGCCUGGAGGCCCUGGAGGGCUGCUGGGACAGGGAGCCCCCGGCGUCCCCGGGUCGGGCCUGGGCGGGCUACGGCGCUCCGCCCUCCGCCCCGUCGGCGCCGGGAGCCCCCCAGCUGGGCCACUGCGUCUCGGAGGACGAGGGGGGCGCCCACGGCUACGUCAACACCCUGGCUGUGGCUUCCCAAAACUGAGGGGUCUGGGGGCUUGCUCCGGAGUUGGGAGACCCCUCUCCCUGCGACCUUCCCUCACCCAGACUGGAUCAACCUCUGUUUGGGGGAGGUAACUGUUAACAGGGCUGAGAGCCAGGGCGCCCCUCUGAACCCCUUGGGUCAAGACUGCUUGGAAGGAGACAGCCGCUAAAGAGAGGGGGGAGGGUCGCCGGCUCUCUUCUCCUCUCGACGCCCUUCCCCAAUCCUGGCCUCCAGGGGCGGGGCACCUCUGCUUCUUGCUUCUCCCGCCUCACCCUAACUCCUCUCCCUUGCGGGGGAGAAUGGAGGAAAGGGGGGCCCAGGGCCUUCGGCCACCCCCCUUGCUUGGGCGUGCCAGCUUCUUUUAGGCUGUGGUUAGUGGUCCUUGACCCACACCUUGAAAUGACCCAGAAUCCCAUGCUCCCCUGAUGUGUCCAUUGCAUUUCUUCCAGAUGGCAGAUGCAAAGUCUGUGUGUGUGUGUGUGUGUGUGUGUGUACGUGCACGCGUGUGUUGUUUCCUCGUGUCCACCCUGUGCC